AUGACAAUAAGAAAUAGUAAAAUUCGAAUUAGUUUUUAUAGUAAUGCAUGUGAUGGUUCAAAAACACUACUGAUUAAUACAUGGUAUCAUUUAAUAUUUGUUUAUGAUUUAUUCUCAACUACUCAAAUGAUUUAUAUCGAUGGUAUUCUUGAUUGUAUUAACCGAACACGUGCACCAUUGCAAAUAACAAAUUUAAGUUAUAUACCUCUUACAAUAGGUUAUACUUCUCCAUUGGCUCCAUAUUAUUUUGAUGGUCUUAUUGAUCAAUUAUCAUUAGUUGAAUGGGCUAAAAAUACCAAUUUCGGACCAAAUGAAAUAAAUAAAAUUAGUAUUAAUACAACGUUUGAAAAUAAUUCACUUUUAUUAAAUAAAAUAAAAUCAUAUUUUCAAUCAUCUAAUUUUGUUCUUCUUGGAAUUGAUAAUCGUUUAUAUUCUUUUUCAAUUUGGAUUAAUCCUUUUCAAACAAACGGAACUAUAAUAUUAUAUAUUUUUCAAAAUAGUUCAAUUAAUACAAAAUGGUGUUUAUCAUUUCUUCGAUUUAAUACUCAAGGUCCAUAUAUUUUGACUUAUACUUGGACACAUAUUGUUCAAACAUAUUCAUCAAUUAAUGGUGUUAGUCUUAAUAUAAAUGGAUCAUUAUUUAAUACAUCGUCGCCAUGUGAUUAUCAUGGUGGUAAUACACCAUUAACUAUUACAUUAGGUAGUUAUAUUUAUAAUAUAAAUGAAACAUGUUCAAAUUUCGUGUUUAUUCAAGAGAAUUAA